UACAGCCGCACAAGGCAAGUCCACCACAAAGACACAAGAGGAGUUCUCCCAACCCAAAGCCAAGGCUCCCUCUUCUCAGCACGCCGAAGAAAUGAUCCUUUCUUUGGGCUUGACAUAAACUACACCUCCCGGGAGCCACUACAAGAAAAUACUCCGUUCCACCUUGUGAUGUCAUGUGGUAAUACAGGACGUGCUUCUUUGCGCUUUUAAACUCCAUACACCUUCACUAGAAGCAUUUGGAUGAUUUCAGCCCUGGAACUGCCAGUCUUUGCUGAACUAAAAGUAAAUCAUGGCUCCAAACUCCAUCCACUGGUUCAGAAAGGGGCUGCGUCUCCAUGACAACCCGGCGCUGCGGGAGGCGGUCCGAGGGGCGGGGACCGUGCGCUGCGUCUACUUCCUGGACCCAUGGUUCGCCGGCUCCUCCAACGUCGGAGUCAACAGGUGGAGGUUUCUCCUUCAGUGUCUGGAGGACCUGGAUGCCAAUUUGAGGAAGCUGAAUUCGAGGCUGUUUGUGAUCAGGGGCCAACCAGCGAAUGUGUUCCCAAGGCUUUUCAAGGAGUGGAAAAUCAGCCGCCUGACCUUUGAGUAUGAUUCUGAGCCAUUUGGGAAGGAGAGAGAUGCAGCCAUCAAGAAGCUGGCCAUGGAGGCAGGAGUGGAAGUCAUCGUCAAGAUCUCACACACCCUCUACGACCUGGACAAGAUCAUCGAGCUGAAUGGUGGGCAGCCUCCUCUGACGUACAAGCGUUUCCAGACUCUGAUCAGUCGCAUGGACCCUCCGGAGAUGCCCGUGGACGCGCUGUCGGACGCUCAGAUGGGGCUCUGCGUCACGCCCAUCUCCGAGGACCACGGAGACAAAUACGGGGUGCCAUCGCUGGAGGAGCUGGGUUUUGACACCGAGGGCCUGCCUUCAGCUGUGUGGCCUGGAGGAGAGACUGAGGCUUUGACGAGGAUAGAGCGCCAUCUGGAGAGAAAAGCGUGGGUGGCAAACUUUGAGCGUCCCAGGAUGAAUGCGAACUCGCUGCUGGCCAGUCCCACAGGCCUGAGCUCCUACCUGCGCUUCGGCUGCCUCUCCUGCCGCCUCUUCUACUACAAACUCACCGACCUCUACCGCAAGGUGAAGAAGAACAGCUCUCCUCCCCUCUCUCUGUAUGGCCAGCUGCUUUGGCGGGAGUUCUUCUACACCGCCGCCACCAACAACCCGCGCUUCGACAAGAUGGAGGGCAACCCCAUCUGUGUGCGCAUCCCCUGGGACCGGAACCCCGAGGCCCUGGCCAAGUGGGCAGAGGCCAAAACCGGCUUCCCCUGGAUCGACGCCAUCAUGACUCAGCUGAGGCAGGAGGGCUGGAUACAUCACCUGGCCCGUCACGCGGUGGCCUGCUUCCUCACCCGCGGAGAUCUGUGGAUCAGCUGGGAAGAGGGCAUGAAGGUGUUCGAGGAGCUGCUGUUGGACGCGGACUGGAGCGUGAAUGCUGGGAGCUGGAUGUGGCUGUCCUGCAGCUCAUUUUUCCAGCAGUUUUUCCACUGCUACUGCCCCGUGGGUUUCGGCCGCCGCACCGACCCCAACGGGGACUUCAUCAGACGUUAUUUACCUGUCCUCCGAGGUUUCCCCGCUAAGUACAUCUACGACCCUUGGAACGCGCCGGAGUCCGUGCAGGCCGCCGCCAAAUGCAUCAUCGGCGUGCAUUACCCCAAACCCAUGGUCCACCACGCCGAGGCCAGCAGGCUCAACAUAGAGAGGAUGAAGCAGAUCUACCAACAGCUCAGUCGCUACCGGGGCUUGGGUCUUUUGGCGUCGGUGCCAUCCACCAAUGGGAACGGGAACGGAGGGAUGAUGGCGUAUUCACCCGGAGAGCAGCCCCCCGGAGCCAACAGCAACAACAACAACAGUAGCAGCAAUGGCCACGGUCAUGGGGUAUCGGGCAGCCCGGUUGCCGCGGCGAACGGCAGCGGGAGCAUCUUGUUGAACUUUGACAGUGAGGAGCAGACGGGGCCCAGCGCAGUGGGACAGCAGCAGAGCACACAACAGCAAAGAAUGCAGCCUCUGCCCCAGCCUCACACGCAGCAGCAGCAGCAGCAGCAGCAGCAACAGCAUGGAUACCACUCAGUGCCAGACACCAGCCAGAACAUCACCAGCAGCCGAGUUUACCACGAGUUCGCUGUGCCUCAACAUCCAGGACUGCACCUCCACACCAGAGGGGGCGUCACAGGGAAACGGGAGCGAGAGUCGGAACGCGAAGGAUCAGGAGAAGAAGAGCAGGCGUCCUGCUCAGUUCACAAGAUGCAGCGACAAAGUGCAGAGACUUAACGCCAACUAUGUGCACUUUGUCGCCAUCUCCGAGCCAAAAUUCGGCCAACAGCAGCAUCGAGGCACAGUGGACCCUCUCUCUCUCUCCGAUCCUCUAGAGAAGACCACCUUCUCUCCACACCUGUACACUCACUUUACACAGCAGGGACCAAGCAGACAGGUGAAAAUGUGCCCACGCGACCACACACCUCGGCAAUCUGAACAGGUUCCCAACGCCUCAAAUUUGCGAUAUUUUUAGCGCUGUAGAUAUCGUGUACACCAGGGUUUCUUUUUGUAGCUGUUCUGAUGAUAUUAAAACGUGGAAAGGACGAGAUUUAAAUUCCAGUUAACUAGACUGGACGUGAAAAGUCGUAUUCAGAAAAUCGACCGUCCAUUCAAGGCGGUUUUAACUUAAAUUUGUAGAAACAUAAAUAAGCUACUAGUAAAUAAGUUCUCAGGUUACUUCAAUCAUUUAAAUAUAUUGUUCAGACCAAAUGUUUUAAGUAGCGUAAACUGUGCAAAAACAUCGCUUAAAAUGUAAAAAGAAAUAUUUCCGAUUUUCUACCUCCAAAUCAGGCAACUUUGAUGAUAACGACACUGUGAUUAUAAAAUUUGGCAAAGGCAAAAAGUAAAAAUUAAAAAAAUCAAUAAAGGUUAAAGAUUUUUUUUCCAAAAUUUGCCUGGUCCAUUCUUACAACGUGGCAUUAUGGGUACUGGAGUCCUUGUGUAGCUAGUGCUAUAGUGUUUUUUACUGGACCUAUGUCAGCUUUAUAGAGGUGUGGCUAAUGUAUUUUCAAAAAUGUAAAAAGCAAACAAAAAAAUAUGUUUAUUUUUUUCAUAAUUUUGUUUUAACACGCAUAGAAAGUGACAUCUUUUUAUGUUAUCACUCAUUUGUAAUUUUAUUUACCAGAUCAAGUCAUUGUUGUUUUUACAGUUUGAAAUGUGUAUAUAGUUCAAAAUAUAAUGUGAAGAGAAUGGAAAUUUAAAUCAAAUUAAAAUCCAGAUAUGAAUUUGAAAUGAUGAAACCAAAUUGUUUCCUAAAAAGCAUUACUUUUUCAAAAAUGUGUACAAAUUUCUAAAGGAUUUUAUCGGCUGCUUGGUUAAAUUACCACAACAAUACUGACACAAGCAGUGGUGAAUUUUAUUGUUAAUUCUGAAUUAAGUGAGUAUUUUUUUUUUGUUUUUUGUACUUUCAUUAUCAAAAAUAAUAUUCAAAAUUAUACCAAAAUAUUACCUCCAAUUUGUUUUUUAGCUCAUUCUUCACAUUUUCACCUCUCUGUUUCACCCUGUCUGCUGAUGUUUUUAUUUUUAUUAUUUAAAUGUUCUCUCAACAUUACUGUAUUACAUGUAUUACGACCAAUAACUUCAGAGUAUCUUUGAAGUAUCUUUCUGUGGUGUUGGAAAUAGUUUUUUGCUGUGCAACAAUGUUCAACAACCAAAAAGUUUAAGCUGGUGUACACGGGCAAUUAAUAUAACAGGCAUAUAUUUACUAUAAUUCAGUGGUUACGGACACAUGACUCAAGGAUGUUUUUUCUGUUGGUUUCUCUAAUGUUUCAUAUAAAAAUCAAAAACAACAAAAACGUUCAGGUGAAAACAUCAGGACUGAAAAUAUUUUUUGAUGGGAAAAUAACAUUCCGUCUACAAUUACCCUUAUUAUGAAGGAUUACUGCUUCUGUAAUUCGAUGAAAAGUAUAUUUAGUGAAUUAUGUAUGACUUUUUGCAUUGUUCGCUAUUUGGUUUGUUCCAAAAUAGCAUCUGCUGUUAGGAGCCAAAUGCAGGUAACUGAAUUGUAGGAUAUUUGAAUGAAUAAGGAGAGGAACAACACUGGAGGGUGUCGUUAGAAAUCAAAUUUAAUAAAGAAUGUACCACGUCAAAUACCCUUCCCUUAACUUCUACUCAUAACAAACACACAUUUUGUUAAAGUACCAACCAUUGAAAUUCACUUUUUUGUGUGUCAAUUUUUUUUCUGCCCUCGUCUAUUGAUUUACUUUGAUUGAUUUCAUACACAACAAGCAAAUUUGAUUUAGUCUGAAUUCAAAAUCAGUUGUUUGUAAGUUGAUUUUGAAUUUGUACUGAUGAAACAACACAUAUAAUGAUACACAAAUUUGCACUUGUAGACUGAUACUACCUGUCAAGAUUUGGCAUAUUUUAAACAUUUUUUAUUCAAACUAAACGGGGGGUUGUUACUUAAACUUUGUCACCAAAACGAUUUGAAAUGUCCUGCGUAUUACCCAUUUUACAGCAUGGCUCAUUUGCUUUUAGUCUUGAUUAUUAGAGUAUUUUACAGAUUAAAAGGUAAACCCCCGCAGAAUGUUGCUGUUUUACAAAGGGUGGACAUUUUUUAUGUUUUAGUCAAUAGGUCGGCCUUCUGAUUUCACGUACAUCUGCUCCUAUUUCUGAGUUACCCGCACACUUGAAAACAGUCCUACAAGCACAAACUUUACAAUACAGGAACACAUUAUACAACAUCCAAGGUGUGCAUAUUUUACAGUGAGACGCUGUCAAUAAGAUGUGCAAACUUUUCUGUUUUUUUUUUACAUUAUUUUUUUUUGUUCAAAGGCUACUGUAUGUCUGGAAGUCCAAAUGCAGUUUUCUUUUGGAAUGUCUGUGAAUAUCUUUCUCAUAUUUGCUUAGAUACUGACCUCAUAUUCAGUAAAUAGAAGUCAAACCAAAAAAAAGUCUGGUUGGAGUGACAGAAAAAUGUACAAACAACCACCAAGAAUAUUUUUGAUUAAACUAACAACCUGGAAAUUGUUUGGAAAAUCUUAAGGACAGACAUUUUCCUUCUAAAUUUCAGUUUCGAACUACACAUUUGUAUCGAUUACGCUAUAACGUUGUUCAAAAAAUUCCAAUUCUCACACCAGGCUGUCUUUUGUGUCUAUGGACCAUGCCAAACCUUUUAUAUUUGAAAUCAACAAUGAAUCAAAUGACCUUAAAGCUACCAUGUGUAAUUAGAUUGGCUGACCCGCCCCGUUGUAUUCUCACAUGCUACCACUAGAUGCUGUCUACGUUACAGCCGUCUGACAAUGUGCCAGCUUUGGGAUCACAGAACAAGAUCAGAGCGCACAGGUGAUGAAAAAAAAAUCAAAUUAACGUACAGAUGGUAGCUUUAAGUAACGUAAAAUACUGAACUGACAGUAGCCAUUUUGAGGUGUGUCCUUAUAAAGUACUUGAUAUUACUUCUGGGGCGGGGUGGGCCGUACGGGGGAGGGGCUUAGACACAAAUAAAAAUCUAUUGUUGUGUUCCUGUGUUCUAAAUCUGUAUGUACUCAAAAGGAUGACCAUUGUUAGUUUUUGUAGCUUUUGUCACUAUGGAUAAGGAACAGUUUUUAUUCUCGCUUGUUUCGUUUUGUUUAUUUUGCGCCCCCUGCUGGAGGGCGCAGCUGCCAUCUAUUAUCAUUACUGUAUUGCGCUCUGUCUCUCCUUGUGUCGUGGAAGGCUUUUCUUGUGCUUGAUCAAGUUCAUGAGCGGAAUUAAAAAUUGUUACAACAAAAA